AUGAAUGAAAUCAGUCUCAUUCCCAAAAAAGGUUGGACGAGUGCUUUUCUCACACUAAUCGGGAAACAGCAAAGCGCUACAAUUGUAGCCGAUUUGCAAGAUACGGACUAUGAAGCACUGGAUAUGCCCGAAUCCAAGAUAACCAUGCCACUGAGACACUUUCGUGUUUGUCGCAAACGAGGUGCAUACUCAUUGGAUCGAGCCACCCCCUCGGUUGCUGCUCUUAGUUCCACAGUACGGCCAACCACGGAAACCGUGUGCAACCCGACGUAUCAGAUUCAUUUGAGUUCUCGGAUCUUAUUCGCUAAGCGUCAUUUGUGGAUUGGAUUCAAUAAUGUGCACGAUCUGGACACGUGGUAUCCGGUUAUACGGGGCUUGGUCACGAAGCGCUUCAAAUUGCCAAACGCUGUUGAUCCAAGGGACCUCAGUCCGGCUGGCUCGGGACUCGCUUCCUCGCACACCUCAGAGCUGGAUCUGUUAGCGCUUGCUCUACCAUCAAUGCACGAGAAUGAUAUUUACGAAAGCACUGUAGAACAAGGUUAG